AUGGAGGAGGCAUUCCUGCGGGGCACACGUCGAAAGCCUUGGUGCCACCAGCUGGAGGCGGUGCAACGGGUGCAGGAGGCGCUUGCGGAGGAUUGGCGCUUGGGGCGCCAGCAAAACCUGCUGGUGCAGCAUGCCACAGGCAGCGGGAAAUCCGCCACCAUGGCGCUACUUGUACACUGCCUGCGGAACCGAAAUCCGGCGGAAAAGGGCGGAGGCAUGGCGCUGGUCCUGUUGCUCAGCGACCGGGUCCAGCUGGAUCAACAGCUCGGGGACACCGUGGAGCUCUUCCUGCGCCGCAAUGGGGACUUCGAGCUUUGCCGCGCCGACGGGAGGCACUGCCUCGUGAAGGUGCUGAGCGCUGCGGCGCAGCACAAAACGACAGGGAAGUGCUGGACGGUGGUCACCACCAAGCAGAAGCUGGACCGCCUUCUGUCGGACAGCGACCACCUGACCCCGAACCUUUUGGCCCCUGUCUUCCAGCGAGGGCGUGUGGCCAUCAUUUGUGAGGAGUGCCACCGGAGCCACUUCCACGGCUGCGCCACCUCCGCCGCGGUGCGGCGCCUCUUCGGCGACACCCGGCGCGGGCGCCUGGUAUACAUUGGCUUCACCGGCACACCCAGCGCCAGCGCCCUGAGGCUCUUUGGUCGGGUGCAGCCUGAUCGCCCAGAAGCGCUGGGUGCCGUGCACUGCUAUCAUUUGGGCCAGGCCGAGGAGCAAGGAGUGGUGAUGGACGUGCUGCCCAACUACGAGGAGCUGACGGAGCUAACGGAGCUCCCCCAGAAGUCAGCAUACAUCUUGGCAGAUCUGCAGAGGCUGCAGCAAAGAUACCCUGCCGCCUUUGUCCAGAGCCUGAAGGCCAUGGUGGUUUGCGCCUCUCGCGCGGAUGUGGUGUCCUACGUCUUGGCCCUGCGCAAGGGCUCGCACGGGCCUCUGCCCGACGGCAGGUCGCCGUCCUGGAACCGAGGCGUGUGCGGUUUCUUCAGCGGAGAAGUCCAGGGCCUCUCGGAAGAGCGGCUCAACGGCCUGCCCUUCCACGAGGCUUUGGCGCGCUCCAGGGUGCUGGUGGUCUGCAACAAGCUGGAGACUGGCUUUGAUGAGCCCCGCCUCAGCGUGAUGUACUUGGACCGGUGUUUGGACAGCCCGGUGAAGAUGGUUCAGGUGCUCUCCAGGGUCAACCGUCCCUUUGCUGGCAAAGAGGAGGUCUUCGUGAGAGACUUUCAUGGUCAGGCCGCCUGGGCACGAAGCUGCCUCGCCGCCUUCAGGAAAGCCGCCCGCCUCGAGGCAAAGCCAGAUGAGAGCAUGGAUCGCGUCGGUGCGGUUCACGCGCCACUCGCAUCGCUGCACGUCCCGAAGCGCAGCUUUGGAGGCCUUCUGGCGGCUGCCCGCCGCAGUCUGGAGGCGGAGGUGGCUGUGGCCAAGCCGCGGAUGGUCAUCGACGAGAAGGUGGCGCAGGAGCUGCUGCAGCGGGUGGUGCCCAGCACCCGCUACGGCGGCCUCAGACGAAGGGGCCGCUUCCGGGCGAAGUUGCGGCGCUUGGCUGUGCAGCGCCAGGUGACUCUGGAGGCAAUCUUCAAGCAGCAAAUGCAGGCCUUCGCAGGGGCUGCGGUCGCGGCCGUGGGCGAGUGCGUGUUGCGCGGGCCGGGCCUCGAGGCGAAGCUCCGCGGCCCGGAGAAGCGGCUCCGGCGCUUUUGGGAGGAAGUGGACUUGCACGGGAAGUUCUUUGAGGCGCCGGAGCGGCAGGCCCACAGGAGUUCGCCAUACCCAGUGUUCAUUUGCACCAAGGGUCGCGCGGCCACGGCGCUGCUCGGGUGGCGCGCUGCACAUGUCAUGCCAGGCGUCAGCAUUGUCCUUGUGGUGGAGCCGCAGGAGCGAGGCUGCUUACAGGUCCCAUUGGCCGGACGCACUGAUGCUGGUGCUGCCGAGGCCCGCGGGCAGCGCCAUUGGCUACAGCCGGUGGCUGGUGCAGAAGCUGUGCACCGACUCGGACGCAGGCGGCUGCGGACGCCUUCGUUUGCCUUUCAUUUGGAUGGCCGACGAUUUGCUCCUGAGCUUCUACAGACUCGAAGCUGCAAAGUCGGGCAAAAGGAGACCCGGGUGUUGCGAGCUCUGCCUAGGGCCGGUUUCCAAGAGGCCUUCCUGGCCGUGCAGCGCCGAGAGGACGUGUGCCGGAUGGCGGUGUGCGGGUUCCUGCGUGACCGCGGCUCCGCUGUUUUGGUGCGCAGACCUUGGCAGCUGGACAGCUCUUUGGCGCUGCAGAAAGUGGUGCUGCUGAACUUGGCGCGAUUGCAGGAGCUCCAGGUGGAGUACUGUCCCUUGCUGCGGAAAAGCGAGGAUUUGGCGCUCUGCUAUGAGGUGGCCAGGAAGCCGGGAGGCCACCUGCUGAAGUGCCAGCGCUUCUGCUACCGCGCGCUGCACCUCGACCGCGGCGGCGCGGAAGAGGUGCGCCGAGAGACGCGGGCCGCGGCCGCGACGGGUUCCCGCGCCGGUGGCGAGCCGGGCAGGCUGGUGCUGGGCGGGAUGGGCGCCCUGGCGCAGCUGGCGCCCCCCCAGCGCAGCACCGCAGAGGCGCUCAUGGCGUGGCUCGCCAAGGCGACGGACACGGAUCGCCGGGACGGGCAUGGGGACUUUGACGAUUCGGCGGAGGAGAUGUCGACAAAGCUGAUGGAGAAGAAGGAUCUUCCCAGCUCGCCUUCGGGUUUCGUCGAGUGGCUGGCGCGGCUGCCCAAGGCCACUGAAGCCACCGAGGCCGUGAAGCGCCGCCGCGGGUAAGCAACUGCUGCGAUGAGAUGCCGAUCGAGGUGGAGGCGACUACAAACCAGACUCUGAGGCAGCAAGCGCUGCCCUCCGGCCCUUUCCGCGCCUGUGAUCAAGCAUUUGCGGAGACUCAAGCUCAAUGACUCAAGAAGCCCUCCAAGAUCUGAGCGCUGGGUCGACGUCAAGUCUCGUGACGAGCUCGAAGCCGGUGACGAGUUGACAAAAGG